AUGCAAGUUGCCGCUAGUGAGCAGGCAGCGGCAGAGGCGGCUCCACAGUCAGAUGAUCUGCAUGACUGCGAGACUGGUGAUCUCGUGUCCUCCAACAGCGAGGCCCACUCUGCCGAAGACGAGCCCCGAAGCGUUGAUGUAUCGACGAUGACAGACACCCUUGAUGUGUUCUUCAGUGCAGAUUUUACUUUUGUGUCAGAAACUUCAAAUGGAAAUGCAUCAUCAUUCAUCAAGCACAGAGAAGUGCGUACCACUGACAUGGGUAGCUCAUCGCAUCCCGACAUGCUGGAAAAGAGCAGUGGGCCAGUGUGUAAGCAGCCGGUGUUUGCAGGAUAUGAAUCUGUUCAAGACAACGAGGAUGCAUUGCAUGAAUUGACCGCUGUUAACUUUGCUAUUUUCGCUUUACUUUUGAGUAUAUUGCCACCCACUCCUAGAAAAUUGAAUGAACUUUCCAUUGAGAAUAAAUUAUUAUUGUUCCUGAUCAAGCUAAAGCACGGCCUGCCGUUUUCCGUCCUAGGGGUUUUGUUUAAUGUGCACAGAACAACAACUUCACGGAUUUUCAAGGGACUGCUAGUGAACAUUACAGCCGCAACAAAGACGUGGUUGCACUGGCCAUCAAGGAGAGCUGUUUUAGCCACCUUGCCACCUAGCUUUAGGGAACAUUACCCUAAUUGUCGGGUUAUCAUUGACUGCACGGAGCUGGAAACAGAAGUACCACGAGGAGUAGAAAAGCAAAAUUUGUGGUACUCACAGUACAAAGGCCGACACACUGUGAAAUACCUCAUUGGUAUUGCACCAAAUGGUCUCGUUCUAAUGCUUCUGUACAUUAAAACAUUUCUGUCAAAAGGCUUCGGAGGCAGAACAACUGACGCAACAAUAACUGUGCAAUCGGACUUUUUAUCUCUGCUUGAACCUGGCGAUCUUGUGUUAGCAGACAAAGGAUUCCCAGGCAUCAGAACUAGUGUUGGGGAAAAGAAUGCUACUUUGGUUAUGCCGCCUUUUGCCACUAGCCCUCAAUUUACAGAGUCAGAGGUUGAUGCUACUUAUGAGACAGCUUCUGUUAGAAUUCAUGUAGAACGGGUUAUUCAGAGGCUUAAAAUUUUUGACAUAAUCACUCAUAAAAUACCAUAUGAGUUAACAGGCUAUUGUGAUGAAAUUCUUCAUGUAUUGUCCGUGAUAACGAAUUUGAAAAGUCACAUUUUUGCAAAGAGAGCCAUGGAAUGA